UCCAAUAGCGAGCAGAAGUCUUUGCGCUGGCGCUUGCAUCAAUUUUUCAUGCACGGGUGUCAUUCCGGUGCAGUUUCUUUUUCUGUUUUUGUUUUUUUUUUUUCGGCGGUGCGUCGGAUGGGCUCAGACACCUGCAGCGUUGAGCUGCGAGUCGCAAUGUCUUUCUUCGUGCGUUUGAAACUGUUCGUUUACCUGUAUUGCGGCGGCUUGUUGCUGUUUUUAGCCGGUCUCCAGCAGACCGAGGGCGCAAACACGGACAUGGCCAACCUGAACUGGAAGCCCUUCAUCUACGGCGGGAUGGCCUCGAUCGUGGCCGAGUUCGGCACUUUUCCCAUUGACCUGACGAAGACCCGGCUCCAGGUGCAAGGACAGACCCAUUGUGCCGAGGUCCGCUACCGGGGCAUGUUCCACGCCCUGCUGAGAAUCGGACGCGAGGAGGGUGUGCGUGCCCUUUACUCGGGGAUUUCACCGGCAUUGCUACGUCAGGCCUCUUAUGGAACCAUCAAGAUCGGCACAUACAACACGCUCAAGAAGCUAUUUGUGAGUCAGCCUGAAGAUGAGACCAUGGUCAUCAACGUGUUUUGCGGAGUUGUGUCUGGGGUCCUCUCGUCAUGUUUGGCUAAUCCCACCGACGUGCUAAAGAUCCGUAUGCAAGCACAGGGGAGCCUUCUACAAGGUAGCAUGAUGGCCAACUUCAUCAACAUCUACCAGACAGAGGGAACCCGGGGUCUCUGGAGGGGGGUCAUCCCUACAGCCCAGCGAGCUGCCAUCGUGGUUGGAGUGGAACUUCCUGUCUACGACAUCACAAAGAAACACCUUAUUCUCUCUGGUCUCAUGGGAGACACUAUAUUAACGCAUUUCAUUUCCAGUUUUACGUGUGGCUUGGCGGGGGCACUGGCCUCCAACCCUGUUGAUGUGGUGCGGACACGCAUGAUGAACCAACGCGUGUUGGCAGGAAAUCCCAUUUACAAAGGCACGCUGGAUGGGGUGAUGCAGACCUGGAAGAAUGAGGGAUUCUUUGCCCUUUAUAAAGGAUUCUGGCCCAACUGGCUACGCCUCGGUCCCUGGAACAUCAUCUUUUUCAUUACCUUUGAGCAGCUGAAGAAACUUCCCUUAUAGCUGAAGGCAGGACGUGGCCCUGGGAACUGCACGUGUAGAUGCGUUUGCAUGCGUGUGCAUGCUCUAGCAGGAUUGGAGUGCAGGCUCCCAGGCUCACUGCACCCUGCCGUCUUAUUCUUCUGCAUUUACAAUCUUGCCUUUUUUUUUUUUUUUUUUUUUUUUGACUCAUCGCAUUUGUAUGUAUUUGGACACUCAUCUAUAUAUGUUGGUUUUCUGUUAAUAUCUAUUUAAUUUUGUGCAACUUAUUCAAUUUUUUUUGUUGCUCAUUACUGGUUGCUCUGAUGCUGUUCCUGGAACCUCAGGUGUAGGUUGUAAGCGGAAUGGAAAAGGACAGUGAAAGGGAAGUUGGCAUGGAAAAAGGAGUGUCAGGCAGCUAUGAUUAUAUAUUCUGUAGAGCUAAGAGACUGAGUGGCUCAGCACUUGGCAGUUGUGUUAUUCACAGUGGGUUGAAUGCACAGCUUCUUGUUGCUCGUGAACGCAGGCCUUAAAUGGGACGAGCAGUCAUAAUAUCUACGCCGUGAAUAGAUACCAGCUCAGUGUUGGCCCAAGUUGGUGACUACGAGACCAGCUCAGCACUAAUCGGGUGGAAACUGGCCACAUGCACACACUGCAGAGCCGUGAAAACGUGCUUAUGGCACGAUCUCUUCAAAACACUCCUCUGGGGAAGCCUUUGGCACCACCUUUUCACCGAAGCAGAUUUGGCAACUAUCCCCAUCUUUUCCAUUUGCCAAAAUUUAUUGUGAAUUUGGUAUUGAUUUUAAAAUGCUUUUUUUUUUUUUUUUU